CCUGUGAGCAGCAGGCUCAAGUGUAAUUUAACACAGUUAACAAACAACAGAAACCCGUAUAUAUCUCGGCGGAGGCACAGGCUGCAGCCUCGACCGCCGCCUUAGGCAAGCAGCAUCCACCGCCGGCCCUCUCCCGGCAGCUCCGGAGGCCUUCCCGGCCGCUCGCAGGCAAGCGGAGGAAGGGAAGAGCCACAGCAGCUCCUGCCCCGGGGCUGGAUCGGCGGCCGCGGGCCAAGGACAUGAUGGAGCUCCUAGAGGAAGAUCUGACCUGUCCCAUUUGCUGUAGUCUGUUUGACGAUCCUCGUGUCCUGCCCUGUUCACACAAUUUCUGCAGAAAGUGUCUGGAAGGAAUUCUUGAGGGAAAUGUGCGGAAUGUGCUUUGGAGGCCAUCCCCUUUCAAGUGCCCCACAUGCAGAAAGGAGACUCCUGUCACUGGAGUCAGCAGCUUGCAGGUCAACUAUUCCCUGAAAGGUAUCGUGGAGAAGUACAACAAAAUCAAAAUAACUCCAAAAAUGCCUGUGUGCAAAGUGCACAGCGGGCAACCCCUUAACAUUUUUUGCAGGACAGACAUGCAGCUGAUCUGUGGGGUUUGUGCCACCCGUGGUGAUCACACAAAGCAUGUUUUCUGUUCCAUUGAAGAAGCUUAUUCCCAGGAGAAGCGGGCUUUUGAAACCUUGUUUCAGGGCUUUGAAACUUGGCGUUGUGGAGAUGCCCUCUCACGGCUGGAUACCUUAGAGACCAGCAAGAGGAAAGCUCUGCAGAUGCUGACAAAAGAUUCUGACAAAGUGAAGGAGUUCUUUGAGAAGCUGCAGCACACACUGGAGCAGAAGCGAAAUGAGAUUCUGUCUGACUUUGAGACCAUGAAGCUUGCAGUGAUGCAGGCCUACGAUCCAGAAAUCAAUAAACUGAACACGAUUCUGCAAGAGCAGCGGAUGGCUUUUAACAUUGCUGAGGCCUUCAAAGAUGUGUCCGAACCCAUUAUAUUUCUGCAGCAGAUGCAGGAGUUCAGGGAAAAAAUCAAGGUGCUCAAAGAAACCCCUUUACCUUGUUCCACUGUGGACAUCAGUCCCACAAUGAAGAGCUUUGAUACCAGCCAGUGGAAUGGAAUAAAGCUUGUUGAUGUGGACAAACUUUCCUUGCCUCAGGAAAGCAACACUUUCAAAUUCAAGAUUCCCUCGGUCUUUUCACGCAGAUUUAUAGUGAACUCUCUUAUUUUCUUGCUCAUUCUUGCUGUCACCAGAAUGUCCUUUGUGGAGUCGGUCAUUGACAAUCUCCAGUGCUGGAAAUCUCAGUUCCUUACAAUUUGCUUGUCCUAUUUGGCAGAUACCGUGGAGAUAGCAGAUCAUGCAGUCUUUUACUGGGAACAGAUGACAGAUGGAGCUUCACUGUUAAGAGAAAAGUGUAAAAACUAUACAUUGGUUGUACUGGAUAACGUUGCACAGUUUGUGUGCAAAUAUAAACUGUUGUGAAGUGUCUGCUGGAAUAUAAGAACUAAGAGAAAUCUGGGGGAGAAAACAUGGAACU